AACGAUUUUUGCGGGACACCAGAUGGGGCCGGAGACGCUCACGUGGGCGGUGAGACCGGCCCGGCCGGGGCGGGGCCUGCAGCGGCGCUGGCAGGGUGUCUGGUCUCUCGCCCAUCUGCCACGAUGCUCCUGCCCUUCAAACACAUCUCGGGAGCUGCUGGGACGUUCCUCUGGAGGCGGUUGUCCCGGGCGGCGCGUUCCGAGCUCAGAGCUCGUGUGCCCACCCGGGGCCGGGGCGAGCGGAACAGGGGCCUGGAGGACUUUAGCGCCCGGCUGGCAGCAGGGCCAACGCUGCAGCACUUCUUAAGAAACGCGUCCCCACCUCAGGAAACUCGCCCUCAGCUGGCGGAGGAGCCGGAGGAGCCAGAGCCCUAUCUCACUUCCAGCAUCCUGGAGGAAGCCGGGCGGAAAGUGUAUCUGGAGACCUACGGCUGCCAAAUGAACGUUAAUGACACCGAGAUUGCCUGGGCCAUCCUACAGAAGAGUGGCUACCUGCGGACACGCUGGCUGGAGGAGGCGGACGUGAUUCUCCUGGUCACCUGCUCUGUCAGGGAGAAGGCCGAGCAGGCGAUCUGGAACCGCCUGCGGCACCUCACAGCUCUGAAAUCCAAGCGGCUGCGGUCCCAGGCACCUCUCCGCAUUGGGAUUCUAGGCUGCAUGGCCGAGAGGCUGAGGGAGGAGAUCCUGCACAAGGAGAAGUUGGUGGAUAUCGUGGCUGGCCCUGAUGCUUACCGUGACCUGCCCCGGCUGCUGGCUGUGGCCGAAACGGGCCAGCAGGCUGCCAACGUCCUGCUCUCCUUAGACGAGACGUAUGCAGAUAUCCUGCCUGUCCAGACCAGCCCGGAUGCCACCUCUGCAUUUGUAUCUAUCAUGCGCGGCUGCGACAACAUGUGCAGCUACUGCAUCGUCCCCUUCACCCGCGGCCGCGAGAGGAGCCGGCCCCUGGCCUCCAUCCUGCGGGAAGUGAAGGCGCUGUCUGAUCAGGGGGUGAAAGAAGUGACCCUCCUGGGUCAAAACGUCAAUAGCUUCCGAGACACCUCCGAGGUCCAGUUCCGCUCGGCAGCCGCGCCUGGCCUGAGCCGCGGCUUUAGCACCAUCUACAAGGCUAAAGAGGGGGGCUUGCGCUUCGCACAUCUGCUGGAUCAGGCCUCCAGAGUCGACCCGGAAAUGCGGAUCCGCUUCACCUCCCCGCACCCCAAGGACUUUCCUGACGAGGUCCUGCAGCUCAUCCAGGAGAGGCACAACAUCUGCAAACAGCUCCACCUCCCGGCCCAGAGCGGGAGCUCGCGAAUCCUGGAGGCCAUGAGGCGAGGCUACACGAGAGAAGCGUAUUUGGAGCUUGUACAGCAUGUGCGGGAUUCCAUACCAGGCGUGAGUCUCAGCAGCGAUUUCAUCACUGGCUUCUGCGGCGAGACCGAGGACGAUCACCAGCAGACGGUGUCCUUGCUCAGGCAAGUCCGCUACAAUGUGGGUUUCCUCUUUGCCUACAGCAUGAGGCAGAAAACCCGGGCCUAUCACCGGCUGCAGGACGACGUGCCGGCUGAGGUGAAGCGUAGGCGGCUGGAGGAACUCAUCUCCGUCUUCCGGGAGGAGGCCACCCGGGCAAACGAGGCCAUGGUGGGCUGCUCGCAGCUCGUGCUGGUGGAGGGGCCCAGCAAGCGCUCUGCCGCCGAGCUGUGCGGUAGGAAUGAUGGAAACAUCCGAGUGGUCUUCCCCGACACGGAGAUGGAGGACGGCACUGGCUCAGGAGCUGUGGUGAGAGCCCAGCCAGGGGACUAUGUGCUGGUGAAGGUUACCGCCGCCAGCUCCCAGACGCUGAAGGGAGUUCUGCUUCGCCGCACCACCCUCAGAGAAUCGGCGGCGCACCGCUGACGCCUCCCGGCUGCUGGCGGACAAGGGGCAAGCGACUUUUCCCCGGGGAGGACCGGGUAGCACUGGCCAGAUGGAGGUGCAGACGGGCAUGGUGUUUACUCCCAGAGAUGCCCCGUCAGCUGGAGCCGUGCAAACUCCUGAGCAAAAGGCAACGGACACGUGUGCACACGCCGGCCUUGGCAAAGCUGCUUGGAGCCAUUCGAAAAUCGCUACCUCCAGGAAAUGCUUUGUUUCUGCUUUUUCAUUUGCUGUCUUUGCUGUACCUCCCUGGGCUCGGGGGCAGUUAGCAUCCCCCCUCCUACCCCCCCCCCAAGCUGUGCAUCUGCCAGAGUUCAGCACCAGGGGCUGGAGGUCUCCCCAGCCAGCGACUUGCGGCUUUCUCCCAGCUCACCUCCAUAAACUCUGCAGGGAGCCGCUGACAUUAGGAGCCGCAAAACUCCAUUGGUUGCCCAGAGUGCGAGCGAGGAAAGCAGCAGUGUGCAGAAGGUGGGGAAUGCCCUGGUGGUUAAAGCAGGGGGCUGGCAGUCGCUACUCCUACAGCUGACAAGUAACACCUGGGUUGUGCCAGCAGGGCAGUAGGAGCCCUGCGUGAAAGGGGAGCGGGGAGAGAUCGUUAAUGUGCUGUUUAUAAAGUGCUGGACGGACGGGAGCAGAGCAGAGGAAGUAUUGCUUUUAAAUGCCCUGCUGAGGUGUGAGCUGUGGGGUGGGAGACGGAUCGCAGAGCUGCACCCUGCUGGCUGUGGGAACCAUCCAGGUGGCCCGGCCCUGCCCUGCACUGGUCACUUCCUGUCCGGGCCCCCUAGAGCAGGAGGAGAUAGGAGCUGAAGGGCGGCUCUGCCACCUGGACAAUCCCUUGUAGCAGAGGAGUCCGGGGGUAGCUGGGUAAAGUGGCUUUUAAGGCUGAGCACUGGUCUGGGAGUCGCGAUGCAGCAGCGCUCCCUUUCCUUUCUGUGCUCUGGAUUCCAGGUGGGCUAGUGUCGUCCUCCUGGGCAAUGGCGCGGGAGUGGGGAGGCAGCCUGAGCCGUUGAACUGGGAGAUUAUUCCCGGCAAUCUGUGCCCAAGGAGCUGUUAACGUCCCGUGGAAUCCCAGACUGAUGUGGGAAUUCCUCGCUGCUUUGUGGGACAGAGCAGGGUUUUGAAAUGGAAUCGAUACCUGUACCUGUCAGGUGGGGGUGAGCAGUGGGUCGCAGGACGUAAUGUCCCGAAAUGGGAGGACAUUGAUAAAAGACUCACACCUCUUA